UAAAAGUAUUUGUGACACCCGGAACUUGACUUAGUUGCGGAUGUUAAACAGGAAAUCUGAUAUAGCAAAACAUUUAUAUAAUACAAAAUGGAGUUAACUAGGACUGUGUAUAAAAUUGAAUGGAUUUUAUUGUUAUUUUUUGUUUUAAAUUGUAUACAUGUGAAUGGUCAGUGUUCAGGGAAAAGAUGUGGUGAAUGUAUUGUAAGUGGUCCAGACUGCCUAUGGUGUAAACAAAAGAAUUACAAUGAGACAAGGUGUGCUGUGUUAGCAACUCUGACAUCAAAUGGUUGCUCCUCUGGUGAUAUUGUUCGCCAUCCUGUACCAAGUAUAACAAAAAUAAAGGAUAAACCUUUACAAGAUGGUGGGGUGGGGGUGGAACCUAUACAGCUACAACCACAGGAGGUUAAAAUUAGAUUAGUUCCAAAUAAAUUGUUUAGGUGGACUUUCAAGUACAGAGUAGCACAAAACUUUCCUGUAGAUAUAUACUUUCUAGUAGAUCCAUCAUAUACAAUGAGAAAUCUUAGAACACAGUUAGCAGAUCUAGCUGAUGACAUAGGUACUUCUAUUCGAAAUUUGACAACUGAUUUUAGAUUCGGAUAUGGAACAUCAAUGGACAAAGUAACUUUACCUUACACUCAUACAACACCAGAAUAUUUACAAAAUCCUUGUCCUGGUGAUCCUAACCUUAUCUGUGCUCCACCACAUUCCUUUCUACACAGGCUGAAUCUUACCAAUGAUGUACAAGCAUUUAGAGCUGUUGUAAGAAAUACCCAAACAACUGCAAACAGAGAUAAAACGGAAGGGUUGUUAGAUGGCGUGAUGCAGGUUGCAGUUUGUGGGGAUAAAAUAGGAUGGAGAAAUAAAGCAAGAAGAAUGUUGAUAUAUGCCUCUGAUGUUGAUUAUCAUUUUGCAGGGGAUGGAAAGUUGGCUGGUAUUGUAAGACCUCAUGAUCUACAGUGUCAUCUGGCUCCGGAAGGACCCAACAUGAAAUAUACACAUGAUACCAUAUUGGAUUACCCAUCAAUUGGACAGAUAAGAAAAGCUAUAACAGAUAACAAUAUAAAUGUUAUAUUUGUAAUCGAUAAUCGUGAAGGCUACAAGAAUUAUUAUGUCAAGCUAAACCCAGAUAUCCCAGGAUCCUUUACAGAAGAAUUAUCUCAAGAUGCUACCAACAUCUUAUCAAUUAUAAGAACUACAUAUGAGAAACUGAGAGGUACAGUUAAUUUUGUUAAUGACGCUUUCCAAAAUAUUGACACCCAGUACUGGUCAGCUUGCGGAGGGAGAAUAUCACAAACUGAUCAGAGAUCAACAUGUUCCAAUAUAACAGUAGGCCUUCCUAUAGAUUUUGAGUUUCGUAUGACCCUUAAUAUCAACAAAUGUCCUGAUAAUAUUAAUGAAAGGACUGUGAGAUCCUCAAUCCAUCCUGAGGGUCUAGAAGAUAGACUAGAUGUUAAUGUGGAGUAUAUAUGUGAUUGUGAUUGUCAGGCUCCAGGCCAAGCUGUAGAGAACUCGACGGAUUGUAACAGACAGGGACGAUUGGAGUGUGGUGUAUGUCACUGUAAUGACGGUUGGUCAGGUGAUAAGUGUGAUUGUGACAUUAGUAAGACACAAGAAGAAACAUGUGGUCAGACGACUGAUGGUGUGAAUUAUAUCAUAUGCAGUAAUGUAGGGGAGUGUCAAUGUGGUAAAUGUGUAUGUCCUGAUGACUACACAGGAGAAUACUGUGAAUGCUACAACAAGGGGUGUGGUGGAUAUAUUGGAACAGGAGAACUUUGUAAUGGAAAUGGUAUGUGUCAGUGCUCUAGCUGUGUUUGUAAUGAAGGUUACAAUGGCACAACCUGUGACUGCCCUACAGCAACAGAUUCUUGUACUAAUAAUAAUGGGACAACAUGUUCUGAUCGUGGUCAGUGUGUCUGUGGAAAAUGUGUGUGUGAUGAUAACAACUAUCGAGGAGACCAAUGUCAGGAAUGUCCAACUUGUCCUGGUCAGUGUAAAGCAAACCAAGACUGUGCAGAAUGUGUUGGCUUCAAACAGGGUAAACUCAGUGAAUCAGAUUGUGCAGCACAAUGUAUCCAUGUUUCUACUGAUGCUGUUUUACCAGUUGAGAAUAUAACCAAGUGUCAGUUCUUUGAUGAGGAAGGAUGCCAGAUUGAGUUUACUUAUGAAUAUGAUGAACAGUUUGAACUUAAAGUUGUAGUAAAAGAUACAAAAACUUGUCCACCAGGGCCACCUGAUGCCACUACUUUAGCUCUAGGUGUAAGUGGUGCCAUCUUUUUGGUUGGAUUACUGCUGCUAUUGAUAUGGAAACUGUUGACCUCAUGUUUAGAUGGCAUGGAGUAUAAGAAAUUUGCAACAGAAAUAAAUGAUCCUAAAUGGGGUUUUGAGAAGAACCCAAUCUAUAAGGACUGUAUAACAGAAGUCCAGAAUCCAAUGUGUGAUAUACCUAAAGGACCGGAUGGACCAGGUGCAGAAGGAAUGGACAGUGUAGUUUUUAGGAAGAAAUAAUGUUCUGUUGUUCACCAAUUUCUUCGAACAUUCGAAGUGCAAUAGUGUUUCUGUUGAGAUUUAACUAAAAUAGAUAAUAUACAUAACUUUGUAUGUAAAAAAUAACUAUAAUUUAGACAAAACUUCAUUCAAAAGGAGGGGGAAAAUUUUUAAUGAACCACAAAUAAAAGAGAUUAGACUCAGGGUUGUUCUAGAAAAACAAUAUAACAUGAUGAUUUCAGGGUAUCAUUUUCACUAUCAUUACUCACUAAUUUGGAAAAGAAAUCUCUCUGAUUCCUAAAAGAUAAAUUUUAAACUUGCUAUAUACAUUAUUUGCCUUAAUACAUGCCAAAUACCAAUACAAUUUGUCCUGGAAUUCAUGUAAAAGGCUACAUAUCAAAAGAAGCCAUAUAGAAGAAGUUUAAGUCUGUCUUACUGGAUAUGUGUGUACUUUAUCAAUGCAUAUUACCCCUAUAACACUGAUGAUUCCAGAACUUUGUAAAUUGUACAAAAAGCUUGUUUAUAUUCCUUAUUUUAAUACAAUUCUUACUUAAUGAUUUUUGGUCAUUCUGAUUGAAAAAGUUGUAAUUAUUUAUAUUCCUCAACAACAUGUAUUUGUUGAUAACAAAUGAAAAUAAAAUCUUUAUAUUAAAAUUGACAACAUUCACUUAUAUUUUUGAUACAAGGUGAAUUAAUGUAUACCAUAUUUAAUGCAGCUGUGUGAUUGUUUUUUAGCUAUAAACUUUUUAAAAGUAAUUCUACUUUUUUGGGGAGAAUGUAAUCUCUGGAUUUUUAUAUGGAAAUGCAUGGAGAAAACUCAGGGAAAAUGCAAAGAUAACACUAGCACUAUGAAUAAAGAAUUAGCAUUUUUUCAAUGUUAAGAAAAAAAUGAAACGAUUGAUGCAGUGAAAAUUAGAGACAUAGCAUCCAUUCCUGGGAACUAAUGAAUAAUUUUGUUGCCUAAUACUUUGUGUAUAAAAUAAUCAAUGUUUUAUUGCAUUUGGUAGCAUGUUAAUCUUGUGUAUCUGUUGCUUCUGUAUAUGUACAGAUUCUGACUGCCUGAGAAAAUUGUUAUGUAAAUUUAAAGAACCAAUUGCUGAUAUCUGACAGACAAAUAUGCCUUUCUUUCUUUCAUUAUAUAUGGUGAACUGCCAACAGAGACUGCCAUAUAAAGAGUAAAUGUUAUAAUACAAAAUCAGAAGACUGUUUCUGUUGAAUGGAUAUAUAAUUGUAUAGUAUUAUGUUUGCUGGAAUCAUAUUAAGAAUGUGCUUUGUUAUUUCUUUCAUUAAAUUUUGUAUUUUUUA